AUGUCAGUGUCUUAAUUGUUAAUUAAAUUAUACCACCUAGUUGCAGAUCACAGUGAUAUCGCAUCCUUUCAGAACUUUGUCAAAUCGUAAAAUUUAAUUCAACAGCUUACCAUAAUCAUCGAACAUAUUUAAAAUAACAAAAUUAAAAAGGAUUACAAGGAAUUAGAAAAAUAAUUGUAGAAAUAUGAAUCCGAAGUCAGAGUGCAUAUAAGAGUAAAAUUUACUUAAAUAUCAUAUCAGGAAUCUUACCUCAUGAAUUAAAAGUACGAUGAAAUGAAAAAUUAAAUCAAAUAGUUAGAGUAAGACAGAGAUGAAUUAUUGCAGAAUACAAAAAAAACUCUGAAUGUACUAUUCAUUCGAUAUCUAGUUCUUAGAAACUAAAAAAAGAGAAUGAGGAACUAUAUUAAAAAGUAAAACUCUUGAAGGAAGAACUAAAUUUUUACAAACAAUUUGAAAUAUGUACUCAACAGUCAACCAAAAUUAGCAACACAAAAACUAUAGAAAAACAACACAAACUCAAGGACAAACGAUUUCAUACUAAUAUUACUCCUUAGAAAACUGUCAAUUCAUCUUUUGAUUAUUUAGUUAAUAAACGAUUAAGUUAGUAGAUCGUCCAAAGAAAGAAAAGUGUUUAAAAAUACAUGUCUAGCAAAAGAAAAUCUUGUGCAACUGAUUUAUCUAAAAGUAUGUGAUUAAUAUUAUCAAUGUUUUCUAAUUAGAGAUGCCAAAUAAUGGAUUGACAUCAUUUUGCAAAUUCUAUCUCUUUGUCUAGGUUGAUCCACAAAUUCUUUCGUUAGAUGAUCAUAAAUCUUAUCACAAAAGUCAAUCAUAUCCUUCUCAAACUAUAUUACCCACUUUUCAAAUUCCCCUUUACUAUUUUACAAGUANAUAGGAACUACUUUAAUAGAAAGAGCAGAAUCACUAAUUGAGAAGUGACAAUCAGAAUUUAGAUAAAUAAUUGAAUGAAUUGAAACAAUUCUAUUCGUACCACUUCAGAGAUUUAGAAUGCAAGACCAAUAUGUUAGAGGGGGAAUGCAAUAGAUUAAAUACUAUUAUUGCUUAAAAGGAUCAAGAAUUAUGUACUGUUGAAAUGAUGAUGAAUAACAAUUCUAAUUGUUAAGAGAGAGAGGAAGAGAAGAUUCAAGAAGUCAUUCAAAUCAAAGAAUAGGAAAUCAACUUACUGAAAUAGUAAAAUGAGAGUUUGAUCAAUGAUUUAUCGAGACAAGCCGACAAUUAUAGACAUCUAGCUCUCUAACAUAAACAAUAUUAGAAAUUUGCAGAGGAAGUCAAAAUUAACAAUAUUACUAUAAAUGAAUUACAAAGCAAGUGUGAAUUAUAAGAUAAGGAAAUAGAAAGACUAAGAAUGAAGGUUCUAGAAAAGUCAUAACAACUUGAAAAAGUGUAGAAAGACAACCUUGAUUAUUAAGCCAAACUCAAAUCCAGAUUGAAAUGAUC